CAUGAUCGUAACAGUGUCCCUUCAGUGAGCAGGCAGCCCCCCUCCCUCUCCCUUCUGUCUUCGUGAAAUACAUUUCUCUUUUCGGUUAUUUUCCAUUCUUCCAAUGUCCAUGUUCAAAGGCGAAAAAGCACAGUGAUUUGAUUUUUACUAAAAAGAAAAAGUGUCUUCAUUCAUUUUUUUUGAAAUGAAAAGAACAACUCAAAGUCUGAGUUAUGCGGAGCAAUCUGUAAAUUUAUAGUAGUAAUACCUCGGCAACAAGACGGAAAAAUCGAAAAAAUGAAGAAAAUAAAAAUAAUGGUAAACAGUGUUUUGUUGCAAGUGCUGCUGUUGUGUCUUCUUAUUUUCGAGUUUCCUUGUAAUGUUAAUGGAGUAUCGGAGCCAACGGGGAUAUGCUCCAUGUCAGGAUGUAACUGUAGCAUCGUUGUGCAUCAUUGGAUUACCGUCAAGUGUAUCUUCUCGGAGUAUGAGGAUGUGGAGCUUCAAAAAGGGAGUAUUCCGGAAGAUGCAUCUGAGGUAUCGGUAUCACGUUGCCGAGAAUUGAAGAUUCACUCAGGUGCAUUCAGAGGAGGGGCACAGCUGAAAAGAGUGCACGUUACUGGGAUCCGUAGCUUCGUAGCAAAGCAGCAGGCGUUCGAAAAUAUAACAGCUCCAAAUCCUCUCCUGGAGAUUUCUGAAUGCACCAAAGUUGUCCUGGAGUCACAUGCUUUUAAAAAUGCUCGAGGAACUCUCUCCGUGUUAAUAUCAAAAUGUCGACACGUGGAAAUUAAACCAAAUGCUUUUUCCUGGCUUUUGAGGUUUACUGUGAAGGAAGUCCCAACACUGGAAUUGUCCAGCAAUGCAUUUAAAUUCGAGGCACCACCGUAUGGGCGACAUGGACCAGCAACCAAGAUUAUGUUCCAAAGCGUCAGAAUCUCUGAACUUCCAAGCCUCGUCUUUCCAUCGGCUGCCGCAGAAAUACGAAUGGAUGACGUCUGGAUGAGGGUCAUACGAAAGGAUGCAUUCUGUCCCAUGAUGAUAUUAAGUAUAAAAAUCACUAAUGCAUCGAUAUUUGAGAUCGAGCCCGGGGCAUUUAGUGACCAAACGCUCAUUCCCAAUUUGGAAUUGGUUGAGGUCAGACUGAAAACCAUCAAGACUGGUGCAUUCAGAGCUGCCUUCACUAAUUUUAGCAUUCAGUAUUCAAGAAUUAAUGAAAUUGAGGAGGGAGCUAUCGAUUCUUCAAUAGCAACAGCCACCUUCAAUAACAACGAGUUCCAAAGUCUCCGGAAGAAUGCAGUGACAUUAAGACAGUGGAGUAAAAUAGCCAUAGAUGAAAAUUUAUUUGUGGAAUUGGCAGAGGAAGCCAUAGUUGCAGACGACAUAGCAAAAGCAACCGCUGAGUUUCCAAAUAAUGAUUUUUCAUUCCGUGGAAAUCGAAUAAGCAGACCAUCAGAUGGUUCCCUCAGAUUUGUUUCCGUCAGUGAAAGAGUGACGUAUGCAAAAGUGGGCAAUAAUUUUUUUGAGAAAGUUUGUAGCUGUGUAAUAGAAGAUUGGAUGCGUCAAGUAUCCGGCAAAAAUACAUCAACAUCAUGGAUGAUGGACUCUAGUUUUUGUGUAGCUGGUGAAUGGUUGAAAAAGUGUUUCAAGGCGCCCCAAGGUUACUUGGCGAUGCGAAAUUUCACAAAUACCUUUUGCACUCCUAAAGGUGAUAUAACAUGCAAGGAGCCCUCGGAAACGUCAAAACCAAGUGUUAGUCCACCGAGCGUUGGUCCACAUGUUUACCCCCGGCUGAAUAGUUAUUUUGACGUGGAGAUGAGUGAUCCAGAACAGUUGGAACGGGAGAAGAGACUAAUAAUCAUUGUGUGUGUUGUCGCAGUGUUGAUAGUUGUUGGCGUGAUUUUUGCCUGUGGUAUUGUCUACAUGCGGCGCCGAGGAGUCUGUCCAAAGCUCAUCUCUCGAUCAUUGAAUUUUUCAAACUCCUGGCUGUCGCCCAGCAAUGGAAUUACAGCAGCAACAUCGGCCAGAUCAAUUUCCCGAUUGAGUAUCAAUGAAUAUGCUGGCCUGCACCCAGAAGCCAGAACCAUUGAUCUGGAUGAACAAACUAUUAUCCAUGAGAAUGAUGUAGAGGAUUUCACUUACACUGAGAAUAAAGCGACGCAAACACUCCCCGAAGAACUCACAGAGGAGUAUCUGAAGGAGCUCAGAGAGCGUCUCAACGAUCCUGAGAAUUACAGUCAAGCUAGGGAUAUGAUCGAACAUCUCUAUGAUUUGAUCAAAGUCGAAGAGAAUUGUAAUAAUAAUAAUAGUGAUAGAUCCCUUCCAAGGGGUGAAGAGAAUGCCUAUGAUAUUAUCGCACCGAGAGUCAAACGAACACGGAAUGUGAGACCUUCAGUCAAUGUUGGAACCAGGGCACCAUCUUUAGAGAAGCUUCUUCCACCAGACAGUAUGAUGAGACCAGCUAUUGCAGAUUACAUGGAGCCAAGAGAUCAACGAACAUGUGAUCUUCACCAUUUGUAUGCUGAAUUGCCUGGGGAUGAGACAGUUCCAAGUACUAGCAGACUCUCCCAAACAAUUACCUUCAACUUGGCAGCUACUGCUGCUGCCGCUGCUGCCCGAGCUCCUCAUCCCCUACCACCUGAUGUUGUCAAUGAUCAUUUGAUCGAUGAAAACCGCCAACACAAAUACGCAAAUCCCAUUCGGGGGGAGGGAAAUCCUUAUCGAGAAACAACUGAGAGACUCGACGGUCAAGUACACAAAGAGCAACAGCGACCAUUAACAUUCUUGAAAACCCUGGGCGAAAGUAUUUUGGGAACAAAACACAAGCGACCUGUCAAUUCAUUGCUCUGCGAAUAUACCAGCCCCAAUGAUCUCAGUGCACAUCUUUACUCUGAACUCCGUGACUCCAAAGGAGUCGCAACGUCAACUAGAAAAAUGGCUAACCGACCACUACCAAAUAAACCUGACCAGGAUACCCAAUUCAAUUCAGCUGGGACCUGAACAUGUUUGAUACCAUAUUAUUAUUGAAAUACUGUGCCAAGUUAUUUAUCUGUGAUAAAAUAUGUUGUUCUUUUUGCACAAACCGUGAAAUCGUGGAGAGUGACAUUUAUCAGUGUAAAAGGAACCGACGUUAUAAUUUCAUGAAAUUAUUUUUCACGUAAUUUGUCCAUACGAAUUGAUAUAUCUCAGUAAAUUCUGAACAAAAGCGAUUUAGCAUAUCUUUAUCAGCGUAUAUGUAUAUAUGUUUUGUUCCGUUAGAUUAUCAAUGGAGUGGAGUUGAUUGUCGAACGAAUACCUGGAGUAAAUACUUUUGUAUAAA